AUGAACAUGGAGGGAAUGCAUAACUUCUUGCGGAGCUGGCGACAGGAUGCGCUGGACAGACAACAGUAUGACACGGCCAUAUUCGUUGGCGACAAACUGCUCGCUUUGACAAAAUCCGACGACGACACGCUCGCUCUCGCGCAUACCCAUUUCGCAGCUGGUAACUACACGCGAGCAUUAGCAUACGCUUCGAGAUCGGACCUCAUACAACGAAAGGCCUCCGCACGAUAUCUGGCGGGACAUUGCUACGUCAAGCAGAACCGACACGACGAUGCACUCGCUCUGCUGGGCGACAAGAACCCGGUGCACUUGAUCACGACGGCAGACGGCGCACGGCGGAAGCUGCAGCACAUUAGCAAUGGACUGUCGAGCAAGCAACAUGGAAAGUCGCGCAUGCCGAACCGAACAGACAGGGUCGAUCGAAGUGAGGAACGAGAUCGAGAAGAUGCAUCGAAUCUGAAGUACGAGGCGGGAAUGUGCUAUCUGCGAGGGCUAUGCUUUGCGAAGCAGAACGCCUUUGACCGCGCCAAGGAGUGCUACAAGGAUGCUGUGCGCAUCGAUGUGCAGUGUUUUGAAGCCUUCAGUCAGCUCGUACGGAACGCCUUGAUGACACCAGAGGAAGAAUGGCAGUUCUUGGAUAGCCUCAAUUUUGAAAGCAUACCUCCUCCGGCAGGGGAGACAGCAGCGGUACCGGAAGCGGCAGACUUUACGAAGAGUCUCUACACGAUGCGACUGAACAAGUAUACCAGGAGAGAGGAGUUCGAUGCCGCGAUCGAGACGUUGGAGAACUACAAGCUAGACGACAACCCGGACAUCCUCCUUGCCAAGGCAGAGAAGCUGUUCAAUGCUUCUCGACUACGAUCGGCUGUCGAGCUGACGAACGAGAUUCUCGGCGCCGACCCUUACAACUUCGCCUGCAUACCGCUACACCUCUCGCUACUGCACAAGCUGAACGAAGUCAACGCGCUGUUCGCGCUGUCACACGACCUGGCCGAUACGCAUCCGCACGAACCGUGCACAUGGCUUGCUGUUGGAACUUACUACCUCGCCUCGAAUCGCAUACCGGAAGCACGAUCAUUCUUCUCGAAAGCUAGCAUGAUGGACCCGCACUUUGGGCCAGCCUGGAUUGGGUUUGCUCAUACGUUUGCCGAGGAAGGAGAAAGCGAUCAAGCUAUUGCUGCAUACAGCACUGCCGCACGUCUGUUCCAAGGGUCGCAUCUACCGCAGCUGUUUCUGGGGAUGCAAGAGAUUGCGCUUGGGAAUCUGAGUAUUGCACGGGAGUACUUGACGGCAGCGUACAAUCUGUGCAAGACUGAUCCACUCCUUAUCAACGAGCUUGGCCUGGUAUCUUACAUGGACGACGACCUCGAGCCCGCGAUACGACAGUUCACUCUAGCACUAAGUAUCGUGGACGAGAAUGAAGCACCUGCGAGCCAGUACACUGUCAUCCGUCUCAACCUGGCACAUGCUUAUCGAAGAUCAGGCCAAUAUGCUGAAGCACUGGAGGAAUUUGAUGAAGUCAUCAGAUUGGGUAUGCAGGAUGCUGGCGUCUUCACAUCGAAAGGACUGACCUUGCUCGAUCUCGAGCAACCUUUCGAUGCCACAGUUGCAUUGCACUCAGCUCUCGCCAUCAGCCCUCAGGAUCCGAUCGCAACAGAACUACUCAACAAAGCACUCGAACAGCUCGAAAAAGUCAGCGUGCUAGCGGGUGCCGACGAAGACGAGCUCGAUGCUCGAUUACGGAACAACCUUGUCAACAUACAUCAGACACGAAGCACGGGCAGGAGGCAGGGCCGACGCGUACAGCAGAGCGACGGUAUGGACCUGGACGGUGCCGGUGAUGACGACUCGCCUUAG